AUGGACUUUCUUAGCAAGAGAAUCGUCCUCUUUGUGGGAGUCCUCUUCCAUGUCGCGUUUCUCAUGUCAAUCUUUGACAUCUACUUUGUUUCCCCCCUAGUCCACGGCAUGGACCAUUGGCAAUCUACCGAAUCAGCCCCGGCAAAACGUCUUUUUCUCAUUGUCGGUGACGGAUUACGCGCUGAUAAGUGCUUCGAUGCCGUAACUCAUCCUUCCACCGGAAUCACUGAUUACCUUGCACCCCACCUACGCUCUCGCGUUCUUUUCAAUGGUACUUUUGGAGUUUCCCACACGCGUAUGCCUACAGAGUCUAGACCUGGCCAUGUCGCCUUAAUUGCUGGCUUUUACGAAGAUGUUUCUGCCGUCACCAAAGGUUGGAAGGAAAACCCUGUGGAUUUCGAUUCCGUCUUUAACCAGUCUCGUCAUACUUACUCUUACGGCUCUCCUGAUAUCUUGCCAAUGUUUUCGCGCGGUGCUUCUGACGCUGAACGCGUCGAUGCAAUCAUGUAUGAACACGAAGACGAAGAUUUCACAAAGUCUUCAAUUGAACUCGACCGAUUUGUUUUUGACCACGUUUUUGACCUUUUUGCCAAAGCUGCCCAAGACAAAGACCUGGAAAAUUCGCUCCGUCAAGAUAAAAUAGUCUUUUUCCUCCAUCUUCUUGGAAUUGAUACCGCUGGCCACAGUUACCGCCCUUACUCGGCAGAAUACUAUGACAAUAUUAAGUACAUUGACUCCAAAAUUAACGAGCUCGAGAAAAUUGUCGAGGACUUUUACGCCGACAAUAAAACUGCUUGGGUCUUUACCGCAGAUCACGGAAUGAGUGACUGGGGCAGUCACGGUGAUGGCCACCCUGAUAAUACCCGUACUCCAAUAAUUGCCUGGGGUGCAGGUGUCGCAGCUCCUGUCAAGGGCCAGCUUGGCGACCAUGACGACUUUUCUGCCCCUUGGAAACUCAACUCAGUCAAACGUAAUGAUAUAAAUCAAGCAGACGUGGCUUCUCUUAUGGCUUACCUUGUUGGUGUCAACUACCCGGCCAAUUCCGUGGGCGAGCUCCCCCUGGCCUUUUUGGAUGCCCCCAAUGAUGUCAAGGCAAAAGCUCUUUUUGCAAACGCAAUGACUAUUAUUGAACAGUACCGCGUCAAGGAAAUCUCAAAUCAAAAAUCCCAUAUCAAUUUCAAGCCAUUUGGUCCCCUUUCAGAUCCAGGCCAAACCAUUGAGGACCGCGCCGAGGAAAUCCAAUCUCUCAUCAAUUCCAAACAAUAUACCCUUUCCAUUGAAAAAUCCGAAGACCUUAUGAAGCUUGGUAUUAAGGGCCUUAGAUACCUCCAGACAUACAAUUGGCUCCUGCUUCGUACUUUGGUCACUUUGGGAUACAUUGGCUGGAUCGGAUACGCCACUACUUCUUUCCUCAAGGUUUUUGUCGUUGGUGCUGUUUCCGAGCCCGCCCACCCAAUCGUGCGCUCUGCCUUCUUUGCCAUCUUUUCCAUUCUCUGUGCUCUCUUUUACAAGCAGAGCUCCCCACCAAACUAUUACCUCUACUGCUUCUUCCCUGUUUUCUUUUGGGAGCAAAUCCUUGUUAACCGUAAAACAGUUUUCCUCGGCGUCCGCACCCUUAUCCGCAGAUCUCAUCCCACCCACCCAGUCACUUUUGCCCUCUUCAACCUUGUUCUUUGCAUUGGUAUCAUGGAAGCUAUUGUUCUCGGCUACUUUGACCGUAAAGUUUUUUCCUUCUGCUUUGGCAUUGCUGUCUUUUGGCCCUGGAUCCAAAACUCAAUCGUCGCAAAACGCAACCGUAUCUUAUCAGCUCUCUGGGCCUUGCUCUGUAUUGCAAUGUCUUCCUUUACCUUGCUCCCAGCCAUCAAGGUUGAGAGUCUGACUCAAAUCCAAAUUGCAGGCGCUGCCAUGUUUGUCAUUGGUGUGCUUGUUUUCCGCCACCUCACAACAACCAUCAAGCUCCUCCCUACCGCCGCCAAGGUCAUUGCUGCUACACAGCUCUCUCUCAUUGCCAUUUCCACUCUCUCUACCCGUGCUGCUGUCAUCUCUCUAGCUGACCGCCAGGGUCUUCCUCUUGUAGCACAAAUCGUUGGCUGGCUCACCCUUGUGGGAUCCGUCACAGUCCCAUUCUUACAAUGGUUCACACCAAUUUCAGACUACCGAUGGCGGCUGCUCACCAUCUUCCUAGCAUUUGCCCCGACUUUUAUCAUCCUCACAAUUUCUUACGAGGGUCUCUUUUACAUUUGCUUCUUUUCCAUUCUCACUGUCUGGCUGCACCUCGAGCGUGAGUUCUCUUUACAAGCUCACCUGGACCGUGUUGCCAUCGCCAACAAGAAGGAAGAAGAGGAACAAGAACAAAAACAAGAACAAGAACAAAAACAAGAUAAGAAUACUAAAACAAAACACAUCACCAUCAAUGAAAUUAGACUGGCCCUCUUUUUCUUUUACCUAUCUCAAGUCGGAUUUUUCGGCACAGGCAACAUUGCCUCCAUUUCAUCCUUUUCGCUUGAUUCGGUUUACCGCCUAAUUCCAAUCUUUGAACCUUUCUCUAUUGGUGCACUGUUACUCUUCAAGAUUCUCGUCCCCUUCGCCAUAAUUUCAUGCACCCUCGGAAUUCUUAACCACAAGCUUGGUGUCCCCCAAUCAGCUCUUUUCUCAGCUGUGCUUGCUGUCUGUGACGUUCUCACUCUUAACUUCUUUUACCUUGUGGUGGAUGAGGGUUCUUGGCUGGAUAUAGGAACUGGCAUCUCCCACUUUUCAAUCUCAAGUCUUUUGGGCUUGUUUAUGAUUGUCCUUGAAUACCUGAGCGGUGUCCUGGUAGAAGGACUCGUCAUUGAUAACGAUUUUGAAAAAGAAAAAUAG